CGUCCGGCUCCGGGCGGGCUCUCGCCGGCCUUCGACGACGCAGUUCGGCCUCUCCGGGAGACGCUUGCGGCCCCGGACGGAGCCGAUGGCCCGAGGCCAAGCCGAUCUGAGCCGAACGCCCCCGAGUCCAAAUCCUCCCAAACCUCGGCUCCCCGCCUCCUCCGGUCCGAAAGUGGCCGAGCGCCGCCGGACCGACGAGUCAGGCCUCGGUCGCGGCUCGGACGCCCGCUCCCGAAGCGCGGCGCGGUCGGGCCCCUUCGGUCGCAGCGAAAAUGGCCGAGGCCGCGCAGGGGCCGCUGGGAGCGGGGCAAGAUGGCGGCCGCGCGGCGAGGGAGCGGCUCCUCGGAGGUGGUAUCCUGCCACAAGGCCCGCGGGACCUGCCGGCCAGGAAGCUGCCGGCCUUGCUGCCUUUUCCUGAUUGACUGACGGGGGCGGGUGCUGUGGCGUCGUCGGCUGAGCCUCUGCCUGCGGUGCCGGCAUCCCACAUGGGUGCCAGUUCAAGUCCCGGCUGCUCCUCUUCCCAUCCAGCUCCCUGCUAUGACCUGGGAAAGCAGUGGAAGAUGGCCCAGCUGUCCUCCGCGCCCCUGCAGGCGCUGCUCCGCCUCAGCCAGGCCUUCUGCGCCCUCUACUUCCCAGCCACGUUCCUGAUGCUGCUCUAUAAAAGUCAGGCCUUCAGCUGCCCGCCCGGCCACCUGCUCCUGGACGCGGCUCUGCUCCUGCUGAUGGGGCUGCUGGAAGCCCUGCGGCUGCACCUGGGCACCAAGGGCAACCUGACGGAGGCCGAGGGGCCACUGGCUGCCAGCCUGGCCCUCACAGCGAUCAGCGCCCUCCUGGCCGUCCACUUCCUGCUCCGGCAGACGCUGGUGCUGUGGGCGGACUCGGCCCUCGGGGCCGCACGCCUGGCGCUGCACGGCCUGGAGGCUGUCCUGCAGCUGGUGGUCAUCGCCGCCUUGGUGAGGUAGCUGCCGCCACCGAGGAGCCCCUGCCCCCCAGGCCUCUGCCUCCGUCCAGGACCUGCUGCUGAUGGGGAGCGUCUGCCCAGGACUGAGGGCGGCACCCCUGACCCUCGGGCCGAGGGAGGACAGAGCCCCGUGGCCGCUCAGAGAGGCCGCUUCCUGCUGGCUUCGCCCUUUGGGAGGCCUGUGGUUCCUCGCUGGUUUCCGGUGCCUUCACAGCGGCCAGGGUCCCUGCAGGACAGCACAGCCCAGGGCAGGGGCUUUUGGGGGCCCUGGGCCAGGCCCUGUCUGGCUUCCUAAAGAAACAGGUGUGGAGGAAGCGGGCGGCCCUCGGGCCUGGGCCCCCAGCUGCAGCUUCUCCCCGGCCCCUAGGAAGACGUCUGAGCUGACCCGGGUUCUCCCCGCGCCCCAGGAAGGCAUCCAAGCUGACCCCUCCCCAGCCCCCAGGAAGGUGUUGGAGCUGACCCCUCCCCAGCCCCUAGGAAGGUGUUGGAGCUGACCCCUCCCCAGCCCCUAGGAAGGUGUUGGAGCUGACCCCUCCCCAGCCCCAGGAAGGCAUCCAAGCUGACCCCUCCCCAGCCCCUAGGAAGGUGUCCGAGCUGACCCCUCCCCAGCCCCUAGGAAGGCAUCCAAGCUGACCCCUCCCCAGGUCCUAGGAAGACAUCUGAGCUGACCCCUCCCCAGGUCCUAGGAAGGUGUCAGAGCUGACCCCUCCCCAGCCCCAGGAAGGCGUCUGAGCUGACCCCUCCCCAGCCCCUAGGAAGGUGUCCGAGCUGACCCCUCCCCAGCCCCAGGAAGGCAUCCAAGCUGACCCCUCCCCAGGUCCUAGGAAGACAUCUGAGCUGACCCCUCCCCAGGUCCUAGGAAGGUGUCAGAGCUGACCCCUCCCCAGCCCCAGGAAGGCGUCUGAGCUGACCCCUCCCCAGCCCCUAGGAAGGUGUCGGAGCUGACCCCUCCCCAGCCCCAGGAAGGCAUCCAAGCUGACCCCUCCCCAGCCCCUAGGAAGGUGUUGGAGCUGACCCCUCCCCAGCCCCUAGGAAGGUGUUGGAGCUGACCCUUCCCCAGCCCCCAGGAAGGCAUCCAAGCUGACCCCUCCCCAGCCCCUAGGAAGGUGUCGGAGCUGACCCCUCCCCAGCCCCAGGAAGGCGUCUGAGCUGACCCCUCCCCAGCCCCAGGAAGGUGUCGGAGCUGACCCCUCCCAGCGCCUCUUGUUCAGACCGUGAGCUUGUUCUGUGCGCUUUUUCAAUAAACGUUGGAGCCCUUGGA